AAAAAUGCUCUCUAUUUUUUCAUCUCUUCCACCACCACAAACACCACCGUACCACACCAAAGCCUGAAAUGUCCGACGUGUCACGCCGGACAACACCCUCAACCCGCAUUCACAUAAUGGCCCUAGACGGCAUAGUCAAUGUGAACUCACUUUUCUCAAUUGCCCUCUUCAUAGGCCUCACUUGGUACCCUACCACCGACCUCAACUCCAUGCUACUAGGCUCCAACAAAGCUUGUGCUGCCGGUACCGAUGCGGCGGAGGGACUCAUCUCCUUCCACGUCUACUCCUUCAGCUCCUUCCUCUUCUCCAGCCUCAUUGCCUUGGCUCUCAAGCAAGCCAUCAAGAUCAGCCAAAUAAGUUGUUGUAGCAGUAUUGGAAAUGGUGGCUCGGAUUCUGAGUUGCUUGUUGCCAACAUGGGACAUGUUAACCAGGUGGGUUUGCGGGUCGGUACGCUGGUCUCGGCAUUCGGGUCGGUUUUAGGAUGUGGUUUCUUGAUGAUGGCCUUGGUGGACUUGGUUCAGAUCAAAUUGGGGAGGUUGAGUUGUGGGGAUUUGUAUACUUUUGCUGCAAUUGGUCCUUUGCUUGCUUUUUCCUCAAAUCCGCCGCCAAAGCUCCUCAAAAUUGCUCUCUUCGUCAAGAAAUGGCCUCAUAGAUCUCAAGCAGGAGGGCUAGAACGCCAUGCUUUGACUCUCCACCUUGCACUCGCCAAAAGAGGUCAUGAACUUCACAUCUUCACCAGUUCUCCUCCAAAUUCCUCCUUUCCAAGGUACCCUUUCAAUAAUUUACGCUUUCACCUCUCAAAGCCAACAGCUUCUGGUUACCUGGACCAAGCUCUAGUUUGGAAACUAUUUCAAACCCAAAACUCAACAGGAAGACCUUUUGAUGUGAUCCACACUGAAAGUGUUGGUCUCAUGCAUACUCGAUCACGCAAUCAUACGAAUCUGGCUGUUACUUGGCAUGGGAUUGCAUAUGAAACUAUCCAUUCUGACAUCAUACAAGAACUUAUUCGGAGUCCUGAAGAACCACAGGGGUACGCAUUGGCUGAAAGAGUUACCAAGGUUGUCGAAGAGGUGAGGUUCUUCCCCAGUUAUGCUCACCAUGUUGCUACCAGUGACCAUGUCGGAGAUGUACUGAAGAGGAUUUACAUGAUCCCGGAUGAACGCGUACACAUUAUUCUUAAUGGUGUUGAUGAGGAGAUUUUCAAGCCAGACAUUGUCAAAGGGAAGGAUUUCAAGAAAAGGUUUGGGGUGCCUGAAUCUAAGACGUUGGUUUUAGGAAUGGCUGGGAGGUUGGUGAAGGAUAAAGGACAUCCAUUGAUGUUCGAGGCUUUGAAGCAAAUGCUCAGUGAAAAUGAUGCAUUCAGGCAUAGUGUUGUCCUUCUAGUUGCUGGCAAUGGUCCUUGGGGAGCUAGGUACAGAGAUCUUGGAUCUAAUGUUCUUGUUUUAGGGCCACUAGAACAAGCUCAGCUAGCUGACUUCUACAACGCAAUAGAUAUUUUCGUGAACCCAACUCUUCGUGCUCAGGGAUUGGAUCAUACUUUGUUGGAAGCAAUGCUCUCUGGUAAGCCAGUAAUGGCGACAAGACUUGCAAGCAUUACAGGCUCUGUGGUUGUUGGGACAGAAGUCGGUUAUACAUUUUCACCGACAAUAGCUUCACUAAAGAAGACCCUCUAUAGAGUUUGGGAUGAUGGCAGAGGAGGUCUAAAGCAGAAAGGUCAGGCAGCAAGGCAAAGAGGCUUACAAUUGUUCACUGCUACCAAGAUGGUAGCUGCUUAUGAAAGGCUAUUCCUUUGUUUAUCCAAUGAUGAGAAAAAUGGGGAAAACUACUGUCAAUAUCAAGCUCCUUUACACUAA